AUGUGUGCCACCACUGCGUCACCAGGAAGAUGGCCUCCUGUGGGUGGAAAGAAGUCUGCUCCAUGCCUAGGCAGGGGCUUUGAGUCUCACCAAAAUGAAUUCUCCAGGAAAAAAACAUGGUGGGGCUUCACUCAGAGGUGCCCGAGGUCCUUGCCUCCCAGCCUGGUUACUUGUGAGUGGAAGGAGCUAGGGUUGGGGGAGAAGGGCUCGGGAGAUGUGAGUCCCUCCCUCUCCAGACUGAGCACUGACCACACAUCUUCAAGGCCAGCUUGCUGCGUGGACAGGAUUUGCUUCGGCCCCAGUUGUGGUAGCUUAGACCUGGGAACCAAUUAUGAGUGGAAAAUGAAUCCCUCGUUCAACUCUGAGCCAGAGGAAGCAGCCCCAGAGCCACCCCAUCACGUGCCCCGAACAGCCCCUCUGAAGACUGCAAGGCAGCGCCUGCAGCCCUUGGCCAGGCUCUGGUUCCGUCUUUCUUGCUCCGACUCUCCGCUCACCCUUCUGAAAGACAGUGUUGUCUUCUCUCACCCCGAGUAUUAA